AUGACGCCAGUUCUCCGCCGCUCUCGUCGAUCGCGGGGAGCUCAGGAACAAUCCCCAGAAUCGGAUGCUAACAUCAAUGCCAGGCCUCAGAGACAAACCCGCUCCGCUGCUGCUGCGGCAUCUGUGACUGUCUCUCGAUCUUCUCGAUCUUCAUCGGAUCCAUCAGGCGAACCGGCCCGGACUCUCCGUGUAACUGUGAAAAUGCCCGCUGGUAAAUUGCGGGAAGCUACUGGUGGCCGCUCCGGCCGCCGAUCAGUCAAUGUGUUCCAGGAGAACCCAAUUGUUUCAGGACCGCGUUCCAGUCGGAACAAAAAGAAGGUCGUGGAAGUUGCCUCGUCCGACGAGGAGGACAUCGAAGACGAAGAGGAGGAUGAGGUCGAAGAUGAAGAAGAUGCUCCUGGCGAAGAUGAUGACGAAGAUGCCGAUGGUGAUAUAGAUAUGGACGACGCUCUACCACAACCGCCCACAAGGCGAAAUGCUAAGGUUACAGCCCCCGCCCGUGGCAAAGCCAAGAGCGUGGAAGCCAAAGAAAUGGAGCUUGAAGAGGAAGAAGAUGAGGAAGAGGAAGAGGAGGAGGAAGAUGAAGACGAUGUCACCGACUCCGAUGCGGAGGGCGAGCCCGAGGACCAAGACGAAAGCGCUGUCCCUGAGCUCAAUGUUGAAGACCUCGACGAGGAAGACGAGGAGGAUGACUUGGAUGAAGAAAUGGACAGCGAAGGCCUUGCUCUCAACAGCGGCAAGACGACCAAGCGUCAGCGAGGAAACCUAGGCGAUGACUUCUUGCAGCUCCCAAUGGAACCCCAAGUCAAGAAACAUUUGACGGCCGAGGAGCGUGCUAUGAGACGAGCAGAAAUGGCCCGCCGAAGGAAGAAUCUCAGCGAAAAGCGAAAUGAGGAAGAAAAGAUGGAUACAAUCAAUCGACUUCUCAGGAAGCAACCCCCCAAGCGCCGUGGCCGCGGUGCAGUUGCUGAUACUGAUGGGACCCCCGCGGAUCAAGAAGGCCAGGAGCCCGAAAAGGCCGAUCCUACGAUGGUUCGCUGGGUUAGCAAUGCCAAUGGCUGCAAGCUCGGUGUGCCCGAGGAGUGGCUCGGUACUCCAGUCGGUCGUGUUUUUGGAGCUCCCGCAGCGGUCACUGGGACGAGCAAGCUGGUGCAAGAACUCUGA